CUAGGUUAUGAGUAUUAUGGGCUGCCUGGAAUUCACCAGCUAGCCAGUGGAGAGAAAAAUAUCUAACGGUAGAUAGAAGUAAACAUGGAGCUGUCGGCUGUCGGGGAGAGGGUGUUCGCUGCUGAAUCCAUCAUCAAACGCCGGAUAAGAAGAGGUCGAUUGGAAUACCUUGUGAAAUGGAAGGGCUGGUCUCCGAAAUACAGCACAUGGGAACCGGAGGAAAAUAUAUUGGACUCCCGCCUCUUCGUUGCUUUCGAAGAGAGAGAACGUGAGAGGGAGCUCUUUGGACCAAAAAAGAGGGGACCUAAACCGAAGACAUUUCUUCUGAGGGCUCAAGCUAAAGCUAAGGCCAAAACUUACGAAUUCCGGAGCGAAGCGACAAGGGGAAUUCGGGUUUCGUUUCCCAACCCGGAGCCUGUCAUUACCCCCAGAGCCCGGGAGGGGCUACGGGCCGUGGUGCCCACCAUCUUCCCCCCCAGCACUGUCAACCGGGGGGAGAGCGUACGGAUCCGCCCCGCGGACCCCGUGCGGGAGCAUCGGCCCUCCGGGGGGCCCAAGAAGAGAGGCCCCAAACCAAAGCUGCGCUUCAAAGACGCUCUGAAUAGCGGCCCGGUCCCGGAGCCCGCCAAGCGCCGGUCUGAAGAGCAGAUGACGUACGGGCCGGUCAAGCUGGGCAAGCACGCCCCCCCCGAGGGGGAGAAGGCCGGCUCUGAGAUGAGGGUGAUUAAACUGGCGCGGAGGCACCAGGAGGAUCCCGGCUACGGCCAGAAGCAGACGAGGGCCGUGCCCGGCGGAAGCAUUCACCACUACAGUCUCGACAGGAACAUGUACAUGCACAGAGCUGGACUGGACAUGCAGAACGCCAGGACUAAGGAGUGCCCGGCUGCCAUGUCCCCUCCGCAGCCCCGGCUAAAGCACUUGUCGAAAAAUAGCGUUUACCGACCUGAGAGUCCUCCGAGGGACAAGCCCUCUCUUGUUGCCAAAAUCCCAGUCUCCAGGAUUCUUGGGGAGCCCGAUGAAGAUUCCUGGAGCCCUUGUCUGAGCAACGUGGAGAAAGUGGUGGUGACGGACGUGACCACAAACUUUUUAACAGUGACCAUCAAAGAGAGCAGCACAGACCAAGGCUUCUUCAAAGACAAAAGAUGAUUCUUUUGAUUUUCUUUCAUGAUUUCGUUUUUAAGAAUUAUUUUUGUUGGGGAGGAAAAAAAUCAAAACAAAAACAUCAUUUAACAUUUCAAAUGUUUCUAUGUGUAUAACUGUACAGGAAAAAAAAAAGAUAUAUAAAUUUGUGUGUAUGUAAAUGUUAGACGUGUAUUUAAUGUAAAGACCAAAUUAAAUGAAGUCCUUAGACUGUGUAUAUAUUAUAUACAUAUAUACAGGCAUAUAUCUUUUGUGAAGGAUUGCAUGUGAAACAUGUUGGCUUUAUGCGAAUUUGUAUGUGCACACAAAUGCCGAUAUUGUAUCAUGAUUGCUGUUUAGAAUCGGGAGUAUAAUUUGUUCAAGCAAGAUUGCGGCAUAUGACGGAAAUAUCCUUGAUUUAACCAAUUGAGAUUGCAGAUCAAAAAAAACAAAAAAAAGACCGUUAAUUUUUGUAUUAUGCAAUGUAUGAUGUAUUAUGCGAUUCAUUUGUAUAGCUAAUAAGGAAAACACUGGAUUAUGAAACGUGUGUUAAUUAUAAAGUGGCCAAGGAUUCCUGUUUGGAUUAAAUGUGGGCAAACAUCUUUAAGAUGUUUCAUCCUUGAUCUGCAUAUUCAUCCGUUCUAUGUGAUGGCAUAUUUGAGCUCUCAGUGUUGCCUAUACGAGUCAAACGAGGCAAAAAAGUGUGUAUUGCUAAAACUUAGUAUGCUUAUACUCAAAGAGGGGAUCUCCUCGUUUUAACUAUUAGAAGGUUUUGUCAUUCAACUAUAUUAGGUUACAGCUACCAGAGUUAUAUAUUUUAAGAGGUCAUAUACAUAUCAUGAAACACUUGUCUUUAGGUGAAAGAUUAGAGGCACCUGUUUUUUAUUCUUGUCGCUUGAUGAAAUGUGCAUUGGUGGUUCCGAACCCUUUAAAUGCUUAAAAUGGGCCUAUGUAUAACUACUAGCAGUGCGGAUGUUAACCCGCAACUGACGUAAACGGCUGUAAUUUUGCUUAUGAGCCACGUUGUAGUAAAUAUUUCUGCAAAUGUACUGUGAAUUUAAUUGUAGUGUUUUGUUUAACAUGCUCUAAAGGUCUACUAAUCAAACCGACCAUUUUCUGAGAUCAUGCAUGGAUUUAUACGCACUGCUUUUAUAUUUUUUUAAACGCAUAUGUUGACUGGGGCAUUUUGAUUCCUUUGUAGAGCGUCAGUCUCUCUGUCGGUGCGUUUAAUUUCGCUAUGGAAAAGUGCGUUGUUGAAGAAUUCGUUUAAGGACAUUUUUAUUACCGCUUCAAUGAUUCUUCAGGCUUUGAAUAAAAAGUGGCAUGGAAUCAAGAAAUGUUUAAAUAUUAAAAUGGCCCCGAAUAUUUCUGUUCGUUUUAUUAUGUCUAUGUUUUUCCCCCUCCACAUUUUUAGAACAUUCUAAUGGUUUCAAACGUAAUUAAAUUAAAGCUCACCUUGUAAUAGUGUGGGCUCAAUAUACUUUUAUAUUAUUAGCAAGCCCUCGUUUUCUUUGGACAGUUGUUGGUAGGGAAGCAUCUCAUGUUAAUGCGCUUUGGUAAUCCCUUCGCCUGCGGUAGACAUAAAUAAUGUGUAGAUUAUGGCACGAGUCGAAUAUGGGUUAAAUUUUAUCGUCAUUUCACUGGCUAUAUGUAUAAACACACGACUGAAUUCGUAGAAAGGCAUGGUCGCUAUAGCUGCAUACACAAAUAUCUUGCUUUUUGAUAGACAGAUGGCGUGGAAAGGAAACAAAAAAUUGGUAGGUAAUAAACUAUUAGCUACUGCUUUAUAUUAUGUAAAGCAGACGUUGAAUCCCGUCCAAUCUACAUUUUCCCCUAACCUUGGCUUCUACUUCAAUGCAUUAUUAUUAUUAUUAUUAUUAUUAUUAUUUUAUUAAUUUUCCACAAACGUUUGGCGAUUUCAGCUGCCAUAUGGCUAAUUCAUUCGCCAAACUGUUGAAUAAAAGUGCAUGGAUCUUGUACUUGGUCGCGUCCGAAGAAACGCCGUUUCGCCCGAAAUUCAGUCCAAUUCUUGCAGCAACUGACUGACGUGGCUAGGCUCUCUUCCAAUCAGAAUGGGGUCUUCAUUUAAUGGUAUAUUAUGUGGACCUAGUCAUUACUGCGGUUACGACUAUUUGGUCACGGGCAUUAUGCGUUAUUAACAAUUUCUUGAGAGGUCGAAUGUGACAGGCCAUUAAGAAUAAUAACGUUGAACACGUGUACAAUUAGCCUACAAUAGGGGUAACAAUGAGAUAGCAUUGGUGUAGUUUUCUAUUUUUGGCUGUGACAGUACGUCGUAUAAACGUGGAACAAAUUUGAUAGUAGCCUACCAAUAUGCUAUUUGAUUUCGUUUAAAUGGAUCGACUGGACAAAUUGUCGAACAAGUGGAAUAAGGGUGGUUGGUGGUGUUAUGCGCAAGUAGGGCUAUAUGUUUUUAUUAGAUACAUUAUGCGAUGAGUAUUUCUAGAGACUGGUCAGGUUCACGAUGAGUUAUGUCCAUUAAGUUUGAGCCUUUAUACAUAAUAUGGUACUUGUCUAACCUAUCUUCACUGCGACUGUGCCUAAUUUUACUAGCAUAUAUAGCAUAUAUAAUAGGUUUUAAAUAUUAGAUUUAGCUAUUUCCCAAUAAAGCAAUCAAAUCUGUUGACAUAGAUAGCAUCGUAACGUUUUCAAGUUGAAGAUAGUGGGAAAUGUGUUGGAUGGCUACAGGGCAGGGCAGACUUUCAAUGACAGCAAUAUUAUCAUGCAGGACGGCGCACAAUAGCUUACAUAGUUUUGUGGCUGACUGACAUGACAACGUUUAAUUAAUUAUAACAACAAAAACGCAGUCAAAUGAAAAGCAGAUGAAAAGGACACUAAUCCUACGAUGAGGCAUUGUGUUGCACACAGAAAUGUCAAAAUCUCGUGAAUCUAAACACUAUUCUCCUGAUAAGCAAACGGCGAUUUGUUGUCUAGCCUAUUAAAGUUAACUUCAUUACUCGU